GUUGAUAAACUAUUGAGUAAUGAAGGAAUCAACGUGACUAUUUACAAUGGACAAGUUGAUCUCGUCUGUGGCCCUACAGGAACUAAAGCAUGGAUUCAAAAGCUCAAGUGGGAGGGAUUGACAACAUUUUUGAACACAAACAGAACUGCACUAUAUUGUUGUGGCAGUAACAAAACGAGGGGUUUCCUAAAGUCAUACAAGAACUUCCAUUUCUAUACUAUACUUGGAGCUGGCCACUUCGUUCCAGCGGAUCAGCCAGACAUAACAUUACAGAUGGUGGGUAACAUCAUAAAUUCACCUGGCACUUCCAAGUGAGCUGCAAAACUUGAAAAUUAUGUAAUAUAUGGGCAUCUUGAAAAUAUACUCGUAACAUUUUGAUAUUAAAUAGAAGUAUAUCACUUGAAUUGGCAUAUCCAGGUUAUUUGAAGCUGAGAUUGUGCUUUCACCGUUCAAAUCUUUACC